AUGCAGCAACGAAACAUAGCACCUAAGUCGGAAGGCCGCUUUGCAGAUGGCUUAGGCGAAUACGCUUCUAUGUAUGGAGGACUGCAGUGGGAUUACGCUAGACCCGCGAAGCUGGCAUCAACGACUGUCCAGGAGCUGGACACCUCUCUACCCACGCCACCGCCAAAGGACAUUCAGUCAACAACAUCGAGAUUUGCAAAUGCCUCUUACGAUCUAGCUGCGCAUGUGCCACAGUACCGAAGACAUGCUGAAGGUCUUCAACUCGCGGAUGAGGUUCCACCACGAACCUCGUCACUUGGAUAUUCAGCAGAUGCGAUAGUCGAUGCUCGCUUUCCAAGGCCACCCAUGGGCCACUCUGUAUCGUCACCCAGCAACAUACAGUCGCCCUACCUUACUGGAAACCAGAAUAUUCAGGAAAAUCCUUACUGUUCAUCACCGACAUCUACAUUAGUGCCGCAAACACCUUCACACUCAGAUGUCCCACAGCCGCUUAAGUUCAAACGAGCAACAACAAUGCCUGUGACCCCGCCAUUGUCGAACAGCGGAAGUAGUGAAAAUGGGAUCCGCGAUUCGAUGAAGGCCCACAACCUGAACGGACAGCCAGCUCCUCUUCGACUGCCUAUGAGUCCAGCGAGCGUCCCGCAGGCCACACUAUCUCGAAUGGGCACUGUGAGCAGCACGAACAGUAGCAGUGCUAGUUUCAAGGAAAUGCGAUCGCCGUCAAUCAGCCCAUUCUCGAGACCUGGAUUCUCAGUUGCUGCCUUUACGACUGGCACGUAUGAGAACGAGUUACCGGAUAUGACCUCAGAUCAAGCCAAAACUGAGAUUGCGCGUCGUGUCGAGAAGACGGACAUCAUGUCAAGUAGAAAAAGUUCGACAGGGUCUUCGAAGAAAAUAGGCUUUUCCCUCAAACGAUCGAACACAUCAGGAACCACCAACGAUGGCCCCUCGAUAGAAACCUUGAACCAAAUUCUCGAGGACGUAGCACAAGAGGGUAGCCUGUCGCUGGUCAAGGCUGUGGUAUCUAUGGGAGCGGAUCCAGCGGCCAGAACAAAGAAGACCAAACACGAGGCCCUUUCCAAGGCAACAGCGGCAGGACAUGCAAGAAUAGUUGAUUUCCUACUCCGGAACGGUGCAAAAUAUGGCGAUAUCCGUCUGAAGGUCAAAUACACACCUACUGAUUACGCACUCCUAUCGGCAGCAUACAAGGGCCAUGCAGAGCUGACUAGCUGUCUGAUUGCUUCGCAUGGAGCUAAUCCAAUGACUGAGCAAUGGCCGCGAGAGAUCGAAGAUACGCAACACUACUGGGCGCAAACCCAAGUACGCCUGCCAAAGUCCAGUGUUCUGGACGCAAUAUCCCGGUGGAGUAAUGUUGAGGAUGGCAUGGGUGUCAUGAAAUUCAUCAUAGGCAGCUCGAGAUUUGAUCCUGCAGCCCUUGUGUCCGGCUUGUUCGACAGCAAGAGCGAGCUACAGUCCGCAGAUUAUCAGUAUCGACCCUGGCAGACAACCUACGAGAUUUCUGCGCUUGCAUGUUUCGCAGGCGCUGGUUGGGCCGAUACAGUAGAAGAGAUGCUGGCCCUCAAAGGCGCCCCCGAACAGUACGAGAAAGAAGACGAUGUGCAGUACCACCAAGAGAAGAAGACUCGUUUUGUAUCGCCAAUCAGUGCCAUUACCAGAGAGACAUGGCAAAAGAGACCGGAAGACGCGCUUCGUAUACUUCACCUGCUUGCCGAUAGAGGCUUCGACUUAAGUCUCACCCAGCGUACGCCAACUGACAUGGGUCUGAGAACGGCCCUUGGCAGAGCGAUUUCAGCAGACGCAGCACAAGCUGUCGAACUAAUUCUUCAACAUAAACCCUCUCUGGUUCGGGAAGAAAUUGCUUUCAGGCGCAACAAGCGGGAAACAAAAUCUUUGCCAUUUGUUGUAGCUCUCUCGUUAGACAGGCUAGAAGUCGCGAGAAUUCUACUCCGAUCUGGCGCACACCCUCGAGAUCCUGCUAUAGAGGACAUGAACGUCCUUCAAUUUGCUGCAAGCGAAAGUGGUGAGACAUCAACAUCUAUGCUGCUCGAUAUGCUCCCGAUGGCUCCGGAGCUCACCUACGACGCCCUUGACAUCGCUAUCAAACGCAACAACACAAAUAACGUGCGUGCAAUCCUCGACUUCAUCUCCGCAGCCGCAAGCCGUGGCGAAAUUGCAGCCUUGCCACCUGCUUACGAUUCAAUCUUACUCUGCACAAACACGGACAAAGAUGUCGAAACGAAGUUCAGGUAUGUCGAACUCAUCGAUAUGGUAUAUCAGUGGGAUGCAGGCCACGCUCUGUAUCGACCACAGCUUCCAUCGAUCCUCAACGCCAUUCGCAAAGACAACUACGCUGGGGUGGAGAAGCUCAUGCAGCUCGGCAUUGUCAACGGAAAGUCCUUGGUCUUGAACACUAAGGCACGACCCAUUGGUGAAGCGGGAGAAUGGACAAUACUAGAGUGCUGCGAGAUGACAAAAAGGAGUUCGGACUGGCUUGCACUGUUGAGAUAUCAUGGUGCACCAUUAUACUGA